AUGACAACGAGUAUAUGGAAUUGGACGAAUUGGGAAGACUCGCACUACGGGUGUUGCCCUCGAAGCGCGGCGCCAAGUAAAGCCGAGUUUGUAACAUUCGGUUACGACGGCUCGGGUGGAUUCAGCGAGCCGCGCUCUCGCUCCCCAUCGAAGGCGAAGGGUCUGUCGCCCUCUCCGGCUGACGCGGACCAAUCCUGUAGCCGUUACCGUCCCCACUCAGAGAAAAGGACGAAAGGAUUCAAGAGCGUGACCUGUUUUCCUGAAGACUCUGCAGGAGCCGAAGAGAGAGGGUAUACAGCUGGACGUAGUGCGGCGUGCGGCACAAAUAAAAGCUUUCGGCCGCAGGGCGUCGCAGAACGACGCGACGCGGCACAGGAAAGGAGAGAUCUUCGCGCAGGCGCCGACGUGUAUUACUACGACCGGACGUACAGCGGUGGUGUGAGUAGUGAGCGACGAGUGGCGGCGAUCGUCUCUCCGUUGUCCGGCUCUCUACACUCGCCUCGAGCGUGGACUCAUCAUCAACAUCAUCAUCGCCCGUCAUUGUCAUCGUCAAAUCGGAGCAAGUGCGGAACCAAUACGCGCGGCGCGAUGAUGACGACGAGGACGACCACGAGGUUGCGCGCGGUCAACACGUGCGGCGAGGACGAGGAGAAGAGGUCGACGUCGACGACGACGACGCCGCCGUCGUCGUCGUCGAUGCGGAACGGUUUGACGUCGCGCGAGGACCCCGGCAAGAUGAAUGGUUACAUCUUGAAGAGCAACGGCCACGUAGACUUUUCUCAUAGUCCCAAAAAAAAGAAAUUACAAAAUUCACAGUCAAAAGAGUCUUUCGAAAAAGUACCGUUCAUCACAGCGGCACUCACACACCUCGGUUUUUAUAUUCUCAUGUUCCUGGGAUUUAUCAAUCAAUUAUUCUUUGUUCCGAAGGUUGCUACUGAAAAAAAUAGAGAGGGAUAUGCGCCGCUGUAUGACAAUUUUGAAAAAUUUUAUCUUAGAUAUGUAUACAGAAGAGUCAGAGAUUGUUGGAAUAGGCCGAUAUGUUCUGUACCUGGUGCAAUGGUGACAUUAAAAGAUCGGAUCACCAAUGAUUACGGAUGGACGUUUCAAUUUACUGGAACUGAAACGCCAUGUAUAAACUUGGGCUCUUACAAUUAUUUAGGGUUUGCAGAGGCUAGUGGUAAGUGCGCUGAGAAAAGCAUCGAAACGCUCAAGAAGUUUGGCUGUGCCACUGGCAGUACGCGUCUUGAAUUAGGGACUAUGCCAAUACACGAUGAACUAGAAAAAUUAACUGCGAAAUUUCUGGGAGUCGAAGAUGCUAUAGUAUUCGGGAUGGGAUUCGCAACGAAUUCUUUAAAUUUGCCCUCUUUGGUCAACAAGGGUUGUUUAGUUCUUAGUGAUGAAAAAAAUCACGCAUCGCUUAUACUUGGAUUGCGACUAUCUGGUGCAGUGAUACAGAUCUUCAAACAUAACAAUGUGAAACACUUGGAGGAAUGUUUGAAAAAGGCUAUUGUUUUCGGACAGCCGAAGACAGGCGAACCUUGGAAAAAGAUAGUUAUUAUUGUUGAAGGCGUUUACUCUAUGGAGGGCUCAAUCGUUCAUCUACCCGAAAUAGUAGAAUUAAAAAAAAAUACAAAGUUCGCCUACCUUUACGUGGACGAAGCGCACAGCACAGGUGCUAUGGGAAAGCACGGAAGAGGAGUUUGCGAUUAUUACGGCGUCGAUCCGCGUGAAAUCGAUAUCCUCAUGGGAACGUUUACAAAAAGCUUUGCCUCGGCCGGUGGAUAUAUAGCUGGAACAAAAACAUUGAUAAAUCAUAUAAGGAUACAUAGUCACGCGCAUACGUAUGCGGCAUCGAUGUCACCGCCAGUUACGCAACAAAUUAUCACGUCGAUGCAAAUUAUUAUGGGAGAAGAUGGCACCGAUAAUGGUGAAAAACGUAUCAAACAAUUAGCUAGAAAUACAAGAUAUUUUAGACGCAGAUUACAUCAAAUCGGAGUUAUAAUCUAUGGAAAUGAGGAUUCGCCUGUUGUGCCUAUGCUAGUUUAUCUAUUUUCUAAGAUUGGUGCAGUGAUCCGUACACUGACCACGCGUAACAUUGCAACCGUCGGUGUUGGUUUCCCAGCAUCGCCAUUAAUGCAAGGCAGAAUUAGAUUUUGUCUUUCUGCUGCGCACACAAAGGAACAGCUCGAUUAUGUACUGUCGCAUAUUGAAGAUAUCGCAAAUAGAUUAGGAUUAAGAUAUUCGAAAAAACCUCGUGUUCCGACGAAAAUAGAAUAUUAUUCCGACAACGAAACGGAAUGACCUACCUCAUGAAAUAAUAAAUCGUUAAGCAAUUUAUUUCUGGGGAGAAUAAAUUGACAUAAGAGCUUUAAAUGCCACAAAAUAAAUAUAGAUACGAUGCAUUUUGUUCAUAUGUUAAAUAAGAAGACUAUUACAAUUAUUAUAACAAAAGCUUGUACUUUUACAAUAAUUUAAAAAAAUGCGAAUGCAUUAAUACUUGUAAUGGUUCAUACGCUUGUAGCAAAAUGAUGAUUCAUAUGUUGAGCAAACUCGAUAGUAUCAAAUGCCUAUGUUAACAAAUUAUAUUGUAUAUAUUGUUAACUUUAUUGUUUGCAAAUUCUUACAGUAUUCAUACAUAGUUAAUUAUAUAUUUUAAAAAAACAUUCAAUUUUAAAAUCGCGUUAAAAUACCAAGGUUUAAUAUAAAUGUCACAAAUAGCAGGGCUCAUACACAGAAUUUUUUAUUUUGGCUGCUUGUAUUUGCAAACGUAUUUUACACCAUUGUAAUAUCACUUAUUUGCCUCGCUCAAAUUAACUCAUUUAUUUCAUUUAUAUUGUGCUAUAUAAUGAAAAUAGUCUAUAGACAGAAACAUCUACAAGUCUGAAUAUGUAAUGAAUAAGUCCACGCACUCUGUGUAUUCCUUAUUAUAGUUCUAAUUAUAAUUAUUCAUACUUUUACAACAUUGAAAAACUGUUUUAGAACGCAGUUUGCUUUCAAUUAUUUAAAAAAUGCUUUUAUAUAAAAACAAUUUGGUGCAUAUUUGUUACAUUCCAUUAAUUUUCCAAGUAAUUUAGUAACUCAGUUAUAUCAUCAUAUAACUCAAUUGCACAAUUGCUUUAAAAUAUAAUCACUUCAAUCUUAAGAAUAACUUUUUGUAGACAAAUGCAAAUUGUCUUUGAAUCAUUAAUGUAACAUGAUUGAUUGUAGUAAUUAAAACAAAGAACUAAUUAUUAUUAUUAGAGAUUUCAAAAUUCAGUAAAAUUGAUAGGCAAAUUUUUCACUCUUAAAUUUAAGUAAAUGUCACACCUACACAACACACACGCAUAUCAAUACUAUAUUUUUAUCGCUAAGUGAACAUUUAAUAUUUAUCUUUAAAAUAGCUUUUUAAAAUUUUGGUACUUGACAUACUUUUAUUACAACAAAAUACAAACUUUUUUUAUAACAAGAUUUUUUUUGUACAAAUUUUAAAUGAAAGAUAAUACGUAAUAUUGAUGAUGAACGAUGGAACAAUAAAAGUAUCUCAAAUCAC